AUGGAUGACGAUAAGUUCGAUCUGUACAGCGACGAUCUCUACUCGGACGUCCUAGCAAAAGAAGAUGAGCAGCCGGCCGUCAAGCAAGAGCCAACUUCGGAUUCCAUGAAUGUGGACCAAAACGGCUCUUCAACCUCCAACACCACGUCCAACAACGCCAAACGUCAUCGAGCGGACUCGAUCGACGAAAAGCCUUCCACCUCCCAACACCAACAACCCCCCCAACCGCAAGCAGCACAAUCAUCCACAUCAUCCUAUCAACAACAUCGAGAUGAACCCCUCCCCCCACCCUCCUCCCUCCCUCAACAGCCGCCUCAACCACUCCGCAGCACUAUGUCAACCCUUGCUGGUCGACCUAAAGUCACCGAUCCCAACAUUCAGAACGCAGUCUAUAUCGGCGAUCUCAACUGGUGGAGCACGGAUGAGGAGAUCCGACAGAUUGCAGCUAAUCUUGGUGUGACAGUCUCUCUCAACGAUAUCACUUUCUCAGAGCACAAAGUGAACGGCAAAUCCAAAGGAGUAGCAUACGUCGAAACUGAUAGUGAACAAGAUGCCAAGAAGAUCAAACAGUGGUUUGAAGAGAACGACUUUCAAUUCCGCAGAGCUAAUGUGACGUUGACGACAAGUGCCAAUGGCAAUCCCUUCAGAACGUUACCAAAGGAUCCCGUGCCGAAGAAUGAGAGGAGUACAAGAGGUGGUGGUGCGGGUGGAGGUGGAAUGGGUGGUGGAAUGGGUGGUGGAAUGGGUGGUGGAAUGGGUGGUGGAAGAGGAGGUGGGAGGGGAGGAGCUCAAGCACCCAUGGCUGGUGCACCGAUAAGGAUGGGCAAUGCCGGUGCCGGACCAAUGGGAGGGAUGGGAAUGGUGAACCCGAUGAUGAUGAUGAUGGGUGUUGGUGGUGCUGGGCUGGGGACGGGGGUAAAUGCGGGUGGUGGAGGAGGUGGGGGAGGAAGACCGUACGGUAGAGGAGGUGGAAGAGGUGGUGGGUGGGGAAACAGAGGUGGACGUGGUGGUGGACAACAGGGUGGACAACAGGGUGGACAACAGGGUGGACAGCAGGGAGGACACUUCAACCCGAACUUUUUUGGAAUGCCUGGUGCGGGUGGGAUGAUGGGUAUGCCAAUGGGGAUGGGUGGUAUGCCACCGAUGGGCGGGAUGAGUAUGCCACCGACUGGGCCAGGUGGACAUCAAGGACCGCCUGGCGGAGGCGAUGAUCGUGAACGAAAACGACACAGAAUGGAGGAGAACUAG